AUGGUGCCCUGCUCAGCAAGCCCAGCCCAGCCCAGAAGAGCCGGCCCGGCUAAGUAUAGCGAAAUCGGCUCUCUCGACCAGUUGAAGCUCGAUAAUGGUGAGACCAGUCUUGGCCCUGACGGAGAGCUCGCGGCUCACACCGACGAGGAGUACGCCAGCAUUCAGAGUAGCCUCCGAGCCCGAUCGCCUGGGACUGACCGCCAGAUCGCUAGCCACUGCGAGGUGGCGUUCCGAUACGUCCCUACCAACCCUCUUCCACCAAAGGUCGACUUCGAACCUCGCCUCGGAAGGAUCAUUUCGACAGACCUUCCUCCAGCGUCAAUUACGCUUGGUUUCUUCCGCCCACUUGCUGCGGAAGAAAUCCACCUUCGCCACCUCCUUCCACCAGAAGUCAACCCCGCCGCAGAAGGGUCACUUCAACAAGCUCUUUCUCUACUAGAGUUGUUCCACAAGGAAAGGCGCGAGCUCUUUCGCCUUGCAGAUGAAGGAUCUUUCUAUUGGAUUCUCGGCAGUCUGCAGGAAAGAUGGAUCUGGAAGGCGGCUUGGGCCAUACAAACGGCCCUUCCACCUACACCACACCUGCGGAGGAAUCACAGAUUCUCGCAAAUUCACCUUGAGGCCGGCGACCCCACCUCCGACUCGGACGACGAGCGUGAGCCCCUUCUUGGCCUCAGCAACAGCGAGAUCAUGGCCUAUGGCGAUCAGCAGGGCGUCGCCACUUCCACUUCGACGGCUCUUCAGCACUUCCUCCGGGAAAUAACACCCACCCCCAGCCAGUUCGACGGCAAGGGCAAAGGCAAGAGAUGGCACUGGGCCUACUCUAGCUUCUGCAUUUCCAUCUCGAAGCGACGCCUCUACUCGCACAGUCUCGCGCUCCCCCGCUCCCAAACGACAAUGCAGCAGGUCCAAUUUGGCUUCGCGUCGCCGCCAGCACUGCAUGCUGUUGUCAGGUCUGAUCUCGACCCUGAAAAUGCGGCGACCGGACUCUUCGGAAAGGGCGGGCGAUGCGCGUUGCCAGUUGUCUGGUACAAAGGGCAUUAA